AUGGCAACCGCUUACGAUUUUCUUUUCGAACACUCAAAGGAAGACCUUCGAAUAAAAGCCCUUGGAAAGAUUUCAGAUGUCACAAAAGAACUUUACGAGAGAUCUUUCAAACUCGCUUGGGGAAAACAGUACAUUCAGAAUCAUGUUGCUACUAAUUACGUUGCAUUUUUUACAGGUGCAAUAGUGGUUGAACCGCACAUCAAAGAAGCGAAAGUUUGGAAAGACAGAGCUAAUUUUAUGCUGAGGAGAACCAUGUUACUUCUUGAUCAAAUCGUCGAUGGGUCUAUGGAAGAGGGCGUGGCUUAUGGCUCAUACACCACGCGAUCACUGACCCAGUACAUUUUUUUUGGCUAAGAGACAUCUCGGAACUGAUUUGACAAACAACAUCUGGUUGCGAGAACACUUCUGGUUCUUAUACCACACAAUUCUUCCAAGUUUUACAGAAACUGUUGGUAUUGCCGACUCAAACCAAAUUUGGUUUUACGGACCCGAAAGCCAGCUUGUUUUCUUAGAUAGUCACGUUAUGCGAAAUGGGUAUGGCAACUGGCUUGCCAAAAAAAUCCGCAUGUUACGUGUUGAGAAUUCUGCAAUGGAAGGAGCCUUCGCGCAACGUUUUUGCACACUUCACACGGAGUUUAUUUUCUAUAAUGCAAGCAUUCUAGAAAAGGAACCUCCUAAUGCUUCAACUCCUCAACUUCAUGUUUUUGACGACUGGGGUGUUGUGACUUAUGGAGGCGGAUCUUUGGGAAACGACCGGGAAAAAAAUACAUUUCUUUCUUUUAAAUCAAGCGUUUUGCACGGAAGAACCAUAAAUGGCAUUGUAAGACAUACGCAGUAUGACUGGAUAUCAGGAUGGCGUAAUUUCAACCCAGGACAUGAACAUCCAGAUCAAGGUUCCUUUGUUUUUGUACCUUACGGUGUACCGUUCAUUACCGAGGCCCUCUAUGGACCCAAAUACACAUGGCUCAAUAACGCUCUGCUAUUUGGUCCCACGACGGAACCGACGUGUUCUGGGCCUUUUGAAGGACAAAUUGGCGACUGUAGCAAAUGGUUGGCUUUCAAAAACGAUGCAAUCUGGUUCGCUGAUGCGGAAAUUGUUGCUGCCUCGAAUGCCAAAGAAAUAGUUUUUAUUAGUGGCGAGUUUAG